UUGAAGCCCUUGUUGGUCUACAUUUGGCAACUGGGGCAUUGGGUUUGCCAAGAGUGCGAAUGUACUGGUCUUCCAGUAUCAAUAUCGGCCUUUUCCGGGAUACUGUGUCUCGUAACCGAUUUUUCCAGCUUCACUCCAACCUGCAUGUGGUGAACAAUAAUGAGAGGCCUUCUGAAAACACUGAUGUGUUCUACAAGGGGGAAACUUUCUGUGCUUCAGUAUAUCAAAGGGAAGCCAGAACCAUGGGGAGUCAAGAUAUAUUUCCUCUGCGGCAAAAGUGGCCUUGCUUAUGACUUCCUCAUCUAUCAAGGUGCCACAACAGAGCUCUCUGAGCAGAGCAAGAAGGUUUUAGGACAUGGAGCAGGUGUGCCAGAGAUUCCAGAAUCCUAACCACAAGCUCUUUUUUGACAACUUCUUCACUACAUACAAUGUCCUUGAAGUGCUGGCUGAAAAGAAAAUCCAUGCGGCUGGCACAGCUAGGGUUGUCCGCUUUGCAAAGCCUCCACUGAAGAGUGACAAGGAAAUGUCAAAAAAAGAGCGAGGGAACCAUGAUGUAGUGAGGAGUAGGGAUGGAAAGGUGGUUCUAGUGAAGUGGUUUGAUAACCGCUCUGUUGUGCUGGCCUCCAACUUUUUUGGUGUAGGAGAUGAAGAUGAAGUUGCUAGGUGGCAGAAGAAAGAUGGGCAGUUUGUUAAGGUCAAGCGUCCAGAGAUGGUGAAGAAAUACAAUAAGGCCAUGGGAGGGGUGGACAAGCUUGAUCAACUCAUCAGCCUUUACAGGAUUACCAUCCGGUCCCGCAAAUGGUCACUGCGCAUGAUUACUCAUGCCUUUGAUGUUGCUGUAGUGAAUAGCUGGCUUGAGUAUCGCAGAGACAAAGAACGUCAGGGCACUCAGCCACCGCUAGUCAUGGAUCUCCUUGACUUCAAAUUGAAUGUGGCAGAAGCUCUUGUGCGUUUGGGGAAGCCCCACGCAUUGAGAAAACGAGGGAGGCCGAGCAGUUCCAACACACCCAGUCCAUGUACGAGUCCACCUCACCAUGAUGAGCCCCCAAAAAAGAAGGGAGCCAUGGAAAAACGGCCCCUUCAAGAGGUGCAGACCGACAUGCUGGACCACAUGCCAAAUUAUGAUGCAAAAAAAGAAGCAACAAGGUGCAAAUUGCCAGGCUGUUCAGGAAAAUGCAUGUCUACUGUGACAAGUGUCAGGUACACUUCUGUUUUGUGUCACAGAGAAAUUGCUUCAAAUAUGCCCACAGAAAAUGAGACUAAAAUGACAGAAAUGUGAGACCCUCAAGUUAUUUUUGUUGGUAAAUUGUAACCAAAAAAAAAAAAAAAAAAGCUAUGAUGUUAUAUUUUAGAAAUUGUUUGGACCUUACAAAAAAACAUCAUUUGAAACAUCAAGUUCAUGUUCCAUGUAAUGUCAAUGUUAUAUAAGACAAAAAAUAGGUAUGAUGUUGUCAUAUGAUGUUGAUAUUUUAACAACUGUUUGGACCCGAUGUCCAUUGAAAUGGACAAAAAAAAUAACAAUUAAAGAGUUAUGAUAAAAAAAAAAAAAAAUUGAUUCUCAUUUCUGGUUGCAUUAAGGAUGGGAAAAAGUCAUUAUUAUAUUUUUCACAACCUUGGAACAUAAUUGGGGUCUGAAGGGGUUAAGAAGUGAGCUGAAUAGUUGUUUUAGUGCUAAUCGCCUCCAAAGGUCUGGGUCAGAUACUAAUCGCAUGUGUUUAUCUAUUUUCCAAAUUCCGGAUCCGGUCAGAGGCUCAGAAUGGCAAGAUAGUCAUUUAAAAAAAAAGUCUGAUCUCAUAUUGGGAUCCUGCCGACAACGCCAUUUGAUGAAGAGAAAGUUCUCUCACGGACACGUCAGACAAGGAAAUAUUUGAUUUAAUCUUAAAGGCCCACUAUGCAACUUUUAUAAUUAAUUACUUUUAUAAUUAAUUACAUUAAUUAUGCUGGUUGAGAGUUAUUCUGAUGGUUCUGCAACCAUUUCUGGGUCGUUUGGUGGGUGUGUCAUUGCCCCAUGUCACCUCUCCAAGGAAAAACCGCAUAUGCAACUUGCUCUGUUCGGACCGACACAAUCCGGAUGUGACGCAACGGAAGUAUCCAAUCGCGCCUCGAAAAUGUAUUCAGAUUGUAGUUUCGAAAAUGCUUUACGGCACAGACACACACCCAAACAUGGCACCGGCUAGAUAUAAACAGCCAGUUGCGAGGCAAUUGUUGCAUUCAUCAUGGAUCAAUCAUCAUGGAUUAAUAUAACAGGCUAAGAGUCAUUGCAAUGGUUCUAUUAUACAUUUGUGUUCGAUUGUUCGUUGUUUCGACUCCCCCUUGCGCAUCUUGGCGGAGAAAAGGAAUAUGUUUCUGCCGGCGACCCGCCGCCCACUCUCGUGGGAGUCUCGGCUCUCGCAAAGUAACGAAUUGCUUUACAGCACAGACCCCCAAACACGGAACCGGCUCGAUAUAAACACAACUAACUAAGGGAUUGUUACAUUCAUCAUAGAUCAGCCGACUAAAAAGAGAAAGAGAAACCCAAUGUCGGAGGAACAGAAGAAGAGAAAAGGGAGACUGACCGACAGAGAGGCCAGACACGAGUAAACGUUGGGCAAGCUUUUCAGGAAUAGCGUGAACUGAAAGAAAAAGAAGACUGCAAAUCAGACACUGACUUGGUCGUGUUGCUUUUGAAAUUGAAAGUACCAUUGGGUGAACUUUGUCUUCGUGGUAUUCUUGAUGUUGAUAGUCUCUGUACAAAUGUGUUUGCCCAACGAUUUUGUUGUGAGCCAUGUAAAAAUUGUUUGCUCGACCGUUUUGUUGUGAGCCCUGUACGUUUCUAGCUUGCUUGGUUGCAACCAUAUAAACACCUUUGUUUCCAUGGGUGUUUUGCUCGUUCGUCUGUCUCGUCCCCCAGAUACAGACUGAAUCCCCGAAUCCAGGUUCUUGUUUAUUUAGAUUAUUAUGUUGGUCAACACUCUUACACUGAUUGUUCUGUUCAACCUAAGAUAAAACAAUCAUAAUCUAGGAUAUAAAUUCUCCCCGUCAACUAUAAAAAAGGAUGGAUUUAUGUUUAUUGCAAUACAAAUACACCAUUUUAAAAAUGUAUAACCUUGCCUACACUUUAUGAACAUCUACUUCGGACAUGGCUCCACGCAUUCGCCGGCUACUUUGAAAAAAAAUGCACAUGGCUCGCGUAGAAGUGCAUGGGGAAGGGUCGUCAACAAGUUGUUACGACAGUGUUGUAAAAUAUCUACUACGAAGCUGUAGGGGGCGCUGUGUAGAGAAAUGUGCGUGCCAAAACCAAGAAAACAGCGAAGAAAUGCCCGAAGUUGCAUAGUGGGCCUUUAAGGCAUGAUCAUGGGAAAAGUACUGGCAGCAAAGUUUACCAAGGAUACAAUCAGCGAGACAAUAGGUGAACAAGAUUCUUAUAGGCAAACGUUUUCAUUCUGGGUAGGGAGUGGGAGUGACCUAAGGCCAAGUCAAUUUGUAAUACAAUGGGUGGAUAUUGGGGAUGUCUGCAGGUUUGUAAGACAUGGCUGUAAACAGUUUACACAGCAAAGAGGUGAGUCGAUUGGCCUGGUCUCGAUACCAGACUGACUGGUUCCAGUGGGAACUCAAAUACGAAUUAACUCAUUAACUCUCUUUUAACUAAGUUAAAAGAGAGGAAGGGAUGUGUUUUAAGUUACAGGGAGAAUGUAUACAGUUCCUUCUAAUGUAAUAAUUAUAUAAACAAGGUUAAUAUAAUUUGUAUGUGAUUGUAUAUUUAUAGUUAUGAUUGAUAUUUCCACGACAACUUUUCAUACACAAG